AUGGUGCACACGCACGCAGAGCACACAGAUAACCGGCCACGACUUGCCUGGGAGUCUUUCCGUUCGGCUGCCGCUAGUAGCGCUGCUGCUGGAUGCUGUGCUCCGACUGACUCGCUCCUGGCCGGCGACGGUGCGACAGAGUCCGAUGGAACCGGCCAAUGGGAGUCCAACCGAGACGCAGGAGAACCUGGAGCAGGCCCUAGCGAUGGGACCAACACCCUCCCGCAAACGUCAAUGGACCACGAAAAGCUUCUCCUUAUUCAUCUUCAUCUGAACCACCUGUGUAAAGGAACGCUUGAAUUCCGGAAGGAAACAACUAUCACUCGAAGCAUCGUUCGUAUAGAAAUAGAGGCGAACGUUGAUCGCGUCACGUCCGAAACGGCAAGUUCGGACGAAGCGGGUAACGGAAGGUAAAAAAUCGUGGGGCAGGUUGUAAGGUCCACCUGUAGGAAACUCGUGCGGCGCCGGCACUGAGGAAGGAGAUCGGUUGUUGGGGGGGAGGGGCGGGAAGGAGGAGGGGGGAGGGGAGGGAGCAGCGGCCAGAGGCACUCAGAGAGAUCGAGCCUCGAUCUUUCUUCUUACUUCUCUUCUCUCGCUUCUUCUCCCUGGCCAGUCCCGUGUCCAGUCCAUCCCUCUCCGUCACGCGCGCGCGCUCAGGUUCUUUUUCUUUCUUUCCGUCUCUUUUCUGCUGGCAGCAGCCGCCGCCGCCGACGCCCAGCCGGUUUUACACCGGCGAAUCGAUCCAAUCGAGUGUGUCUCGGAAGAACGAGGCUGGCUCUAGUCCAUGGAUCGUGGAUUUCGCUCCACUUGCCUAGAACAACCGGCGUAAUUGUUCGUCUGUCUGAUCCGGAUGGAUAUUUUGCUCGCGCCGCGCUCCCCCCGCGACGAACCGGCGGCAGAUCGAGCCGAUCUCGGGAUCACGGAUCACCUUCGAGAUUCGUCAGAACCUCAGCCAAGAACUGUUUCUUCCCUCCGUUUUCGGGUUACUUUCGUUUCCUUGCGGUAGCUAUGCCGAACUGUACCGAUUCCUUCCUCCGAAGACCGAUUCAGCCCAGUCGAAUGAUCUCUGCCCGUCUCCGAUAAGAAGGAGUAUCUUUUUUGCGGUGGAAGGAAAUAGGUUUCUUAUGCAUUUCUAAACGGAUUUAAUCUUCGUGUUAUCGUUAUAAUAGAGUCACGAACAAUUACAGAUUGCUAAAUCUAUAAAUUGCUACGAUCGAUUUGAUUUCUCCUUUGUAUUUUACAUUCACCGUGACAACGAUUGAAUUAAAUGAAAGCAAGUCGAUCAAAUUGAAAUUUGUAAAACUAGGUUAGGUUUAAUUGUAAACGAUACAAGAGUGUUAAAGUGAAAGAAAAUGCUUUCUUAGAAUGCAAUAUUUUACAUGCAAAACAAUUUUCGACUCUCAAAAAUAUGAAUCUGCAUAAAAGCCCGCAGUAGUUAAUAGUUUUCAAAUAGUAUAAUAAUUAUAUUCGAUUAUUUGAUCAUUCAUGUUUGUAAUGGUAUUCAUGGCUGCUGUUGCAUUUUAAUUUUUAUCAACACUUACACGUUUCAUGCUAACUAUAUUCGUUGAUUAUCACAGCUACUGCAAUUUCGGUUAGAUAACCAUAGAUUUAUCCAGUUGAAAAAUGGUCUGAUUCAUUUUAUUCCUUACGCAAGGGAAAUUUCCAAUCGGACACGGUUCCAGCAUUCAUACAGCGAUCGAUUCGAUACGUCUCGUAUUCCGGCUAUCAUUGAGUUUUCUUAUUCAGCUUGCUUUCUAUUCCUCGGUAAAAAUCGACCACGAAAUCAGUUGGCGAACGCAGAUCGAAACGAUCUCCCGGCAUGAAUAUUAAGACAAAAUUCUCGAAUGUGGGCUUCUCUUGUUCAGCAUCCACCAGUUUCUAGCGUGAUCAAAUCGUAUUCUCCGCAGUAACGCCGGAACAAACCCACCAUUGAUAUUCCAUCGACGUUCAUUAACUAUUUUAAUGUCCCGUGAAUUUUGAUUGUAAAAAUGGAUCCCUCGUCGCCUUUGCAAACAUUCAAGCAAUAAUACUCUUCUGAAUUAAAAUAGAAGUAUGAUUCACUCCGAUGUUCUGGAUUGUUGGCGAAUGUGACGAGUUGAGACUGUGAAUAUUUACAAUUCAUAUUUUUGCAAAUAUUCAGGUACAAGGAAUUUAGGUACAAAAAUUAUUUUCUGUACUAAUUGAAAAUUGUAACGUGUACUACAUUUUGAACGUUUUAUUCAUUCUUGCAUAUUAUACGCGUUUUGUGUAUUUCUGCACUUUGUAAUUUUCUUUUUUAUAAAGAUAUGCAAUUUAGCGACGAAGCAGAAUCUUUAAAUUUGGUUAAAUUAUAUUAACAUUUAGAACAAAACCACUUUUGGAGUUUUGA